GUCUGUGUAGUAGACAGUAGUAGGAGUAGCUGUUGGACUGUUGGAGAGGUCGUCAGUGAACAGUGGAUCAUCGGGGAAGUUUAAAGCAGAUAAAUGAAAAGUUUUAAAAAAAGGUAUACGUUUCCUCCCCGGAAGUUUCUUUUUUGUUGUUAAGUUGUUUUUAUAAAGGUUGAAUAUAUAGUCAAGAUGGAUAUAGACAAGUUGGAUUACAUGCGCCACUGCUCACCUCUUGGCUUGGAGUUCGGCACUUUUUCCAAGGAGCAGAUAAAAAAAUUGAGCGCGGUUAAGGUACACAGCCCGUUAACUUUUAACAUGCUGAAUCACCCGUUGCCAGGCGGAGUGUACGAUUCGGCUAUGGGCCCAGUCGAUCACAAUUCCGUUUGUACGACUUGUUCGCUAAGGCAGGUGCGCUGUCCAGGCCACAUGGGCCACAUCGAGCUCCCGCUCCCUGUCCUCAACCCGCUCUUCAUCAAGCCUGUUAUGAUGAUAAUCAAGAUAUCCUGUCUGAACUGUUACAAGAUACUGAUACCAGACGAUGUGAAGGUGUUGUUCAAGGGCCAGAUGGACCUCCUUCACAACGGCAACUUUAUCGAAGCGCAGGAGCUUGAGACACGCUUCUCCAAUUAUAAAGUCGACAAGGCCAGUAUGAUAUUGAACAUCGACACGAUCGGUUUGGUCAAAUACGUUGAAUCGGUUUUGGCCGAAGGCCCGGUGAAAAGCUGCGAGUGGAAAGGCGACAACGAUCUGAAAAAUAUCUAUAUUAAAAAUGUCCUUUCGCACAUUAUCAAAUCGUCGUUUUGUGCAUUUUGCAAAUCCCCUAUUAAAAAAGUGACGAUCCUUCAGAACAAAAUUCUCCUCCCAUCUAAGCUGAACACGGCGGAAAAGUUCAACAAAUCGAAGAAGAGAAAGUCAAUUAAUGAAACGAUUCCAUCGGCCGGUGGAUUCACUCAAGUCAUGCCUACUGAAUCGAAAACGUGGCUUGGCAAAAUUUACGAUAAAGAAAAACUGUUUUUAGAUGCACUUCUUCCCAUCCUUAAAGCGUCAGUUGAGGUGAACCCUAUCGACACUUUAUACCUUGAAAUACUCCCUGUUACGCCGAACAAUGCCAGGCCUGUUAAUUUUGUAAACAAUUCUAUAGUCGAACAUCCGCAGAAUUCAAUUUACAAAAAUAUCCUACUCGAUUGUAUAACGCUGAGGCUUUUGAUUUACAUGAUAAACAACAAACUGAACCCUGAAGAUAUACAAGAAGAGGAGAAGGUGAAACUCAUAAAAGGGAUAAGAGGAACGACAUAUGAGCAGAAGCUCCAGCAUAGUUGGACCGCUUUACAAGACAACGUGAACUGUCUAUUGGACAUCGAUCUGAAGAAACAGAGGAACCCUGAUGGCCUAGGCCUGAAGCAGAUCAUAGAAAAGAAAGAAGGAAUAAUACGCAUGAACAUCAUGGGAAAGCGUGUGAAUUACGCAGCGCGUACUGUCAUCACGCCCGAUCCUAAUUUGAACGUCGAUGAAAUCGGAGUGCCAGAAGCUUUUGCUAAGAAGCUCACAUUUCCAGUGCCUGUGACGGCCUGGAAUGUCUCUGACCUGAGAAAGUUAGUUUUAAACGGGCCUGAAAUACACCCCGGGGCGAAUUUUAUAGAAAAAGAAGAUGGUACUAUAUUAAAGUUGUGUCCUUUUGAUCUUACACAGAGGGAAAGUAUUGCCAAGCGGUUGUUGACCCCAGGGGACGUUCACGGUGUUAAAAUAUUACACAGGCAUUUGAUAAAUGGUGAUAUAUUGUUGUUGAACAGGCAGCCGACGCUUCACAGGCCUUCUAUAAUGGCCCAUAAAGCCAGGGUGUUGAAAGGUGAAAUGACAUUCCGCCUUCACUAUGCCAAUUGCAAAUCUUACAACGCAGAUUUUGACGGUGAUGAAAUGAACGCACAUUUCCCGCAGAAUGAAGUCGCAAGGAGCGAAGGGUACAAUUUGGUAAACGCGUGUAAACAGUAUUUAGUGCCGAAGGACGGAACACCUUUGAGCGGUCUGAUUCAGGAUCAUAUGGUAUCAGGCGUACGGCUUACGACCCGGGGACGGUUUUUCAACAGAGAACAGUAUAUGCAGUUGGCUUUUCAAGGGUUGAGUUAUCUCCAGGGCGAUAUAAAAACACUUCCGCCUUGCAUAAUGAAACCCCAACGACUCUGGUCCGGCAAACAGAUCAUAUCGACUAUCAUAAUCAAUGUCAUCCCAAAAACGAACACUGGUAUCAAUUUAGCUUCAAAAUCUAAAAUACCAUCUAAAGCCUGGGGCAAGGGGGAAAAUAAAAAAUCAGGUAUGAUGUUCAAAGACGACUUUAUGUCUGAGGCUGAAGUGAUUAUAAGACACGGUGAACUACUUUGUGGUGUUUUGGACAAGAUGCAUUACGGAGCGACGCCAUAUUCUCUUGUGCAUUGCACAUAUGAGUUAUACGGGGGUGAAAUCGCGACACGUCUUUUGAGCUCCUUCGCAAAACUUUUCACAGCGUUUCUUCAAAUUGAAGGCUUCACAUUAGGCGUCAAAGACAUAUUAGUCGUAAAAGACGCUGACAAAAAGAGAUCAGAGAUUAUAAAAAACGCCAGGAAAAUUGGUAAUGAAAUUGUCACCCAGACUGUUGAUGUACCGCCCGGUGCUUGUAUUCAGGAGGUUCUGAACGAGUCUCAUAGAAAAGAUCCGAUGUUCAGGACCAUCUUGGACCACCAGUAUAAAAAAUCGCUCGACUCUGUUACAAACGACAUCAACAAGGUUUGCCUCCCAGCAGGCCUUCUACGGCCCUUUCCAGGCAACAAUUUACAGCUGAUGGUGCAGUCCGGCGCAAAAGGAUCAACCGUCAAUACUAUGCAGAUAUCAUGCUUGUUGGGUCAGAUCGAGCUGGAAGGUAAAAGGCCGCCGUUGAUGGCAUCGGGAAAAUCGCUACCGAGCUUUCCGCCUUAUGAUACUUCACCUCGAGCUGGAGGCUUCGUCGAUGGGCGUUUCAUGACUGGAAUCAAGCCUCAGGAGUUUUUUUUCCAUUGCAUGGCCGGGCGUGAAGGUCUUAUCGAUACUGCCGUCAAAACCAGCAGAUCAGGCUACCUACAAAGAUGUCUUGUGAAACAUCUAGAAGGUUUAACUGUCGGAUAUGAUAUGACUGUUAGAGAUUCAGAUGGAUCGGUGAUUCAGUUCCUCUACGGCGAAGACGGUUUGGAAGUGACCAAGUGCCAGUUUCUAAACGAACACCAGAUUCCGUUUCUCGCAAACAACUUAAAUUCGGUGUACGAUUCGAGUUUGAUAGAACAGCUCAAAUCGGCAUCAAAUAUGAAGGGAAUCAAGUCCCUCACGAAGUCCAACCAGAAAUACAGAAAAAGAGCUGGGCUCAAGAGGUCAAGCCCUUUUUCCAUUUUUUCGGAAAAGGAAGGUAACUUGAGUAUAACUGGGUACAACCCAUCUACCGGAAGGAGCAAAGCAUCCGAAGAGUUGAUGAAACGCUGGAAUAUCAUGCCUGAAGAUGAAAGACACAAGUAUAAAAAGCUUCACAAGUUAAAACCGGAUCCUGUCAAUUCAAAAUUCCAAGCUGAUAGACAUUUCGGUUCCAUCACAGAAAAAUUGGACGUUAUUAUCGAAAACUACUUACAAACUAACAAAUCGGUCGAUGAGAAUAUUUUGAAGGAAAUGAUGUAUUUCAAGUCUCAAACUUCACUGUGUGCUCCAGGCGAGCCUGUCGGACUACUCGCCGCCCAGAGUAUCGGCGAACCUUCGACACAGAUGACACUCAACACUUUUCACUUUGCUGGAAGGGGAGAAAUGAACGUUACACUCGGGAUCCCUAGGUUGAGGGAAAUCCUGAUGAUAGCGUCGAAAUCGAUUAAAACGCCUUCUAUGGAAGUCCCGUUCAAACGCGACAUCCCAAAGAUUGAGAAAAAAAUUGAACACCUGAGGAAAAAACUUACGAAAGUGACAAUGGCGGACGUACUGGAAAAGGCGGAUAUUAAAGAAUGGAUCAUUGCAAAGGGACAAAGGAGUAAGAUCUUCCUAAUUACACUGCACUUUCUUCCUGAAGAAGCUUACUCCAAGAACACCUCUCUAUCGCCGAUGCAAAUUUUAAAAUUUGUCGAGAGGAAAUUCCUCAAAGAUUUCCUCACGUACUUGAGAAUAAAAGGUCGAAAGGCAAGGGAGCUGAUUAAUUCCGAGUUCAUGGAGAAUUUGGACAAAGAGGCCGAAGAGGGCGAAGACGACCCGGAAGAAGGAGGCAAAGUGAAAAAGAAGAAACUCGCCGGUACCGGGGACAAUUAUCAGUCAUCGGACGACGAACCGGAAAACGACGAUGACGAUGCCACAGCAGAUAAGAGGCGAGCUAGGCAAAAUGAAGAACAGCAGUAUUCCGAUUUGGAAGAUGAAGAUGAAGACGUCAGGGCUGAAGUUGAAGGUGUGAAAAAAGAAAACAGAGAAUUGGUAGAAGAUGAAGACGAAAAGGAUAAAACUGAAAAUAAGUCCAUCAAUAAGAGUAUAAGGAAAUCAAUUAUAGCCGAUGACAACAUUGUUGAAUAUAAAUACGACUUGACUAAAGGUGAAUGGUGUGAAGUCAAGAUCGCGUUUCCACUUUCCUCCAGUCAAAAAGACAUUGCAAGAAAGCUCAAAGAAUUUGCAAGCCUUUCUGUUAUCACCCAAGUGCCGGGAAUCAAGAGGGCGUUUACUUCGAAGACCCCUGAAGGCGAGCUCAUGCUUAAGACUGACGGGCAGAAUCUGCGUGAAAUUUACAACUACUCAAAUAUAUUAGAUCUUAAUAGGUUAUACUCCAACGACAUACAUGCCAUCGCUGAGACUUACGGGAUCGAAGCAGCCGCGAAAGUGAUCGUAAAAGAGGUUCAAAACGUGUUCAAAGUUUACGGGAUCACCGUCGACCCGAGACAUCUAACCCUGGUCGCCGACUACAUGACGUUCCACGGCGUCUACAGGCCGCUGAACCGUGUCGGGUUCGAAGGCAGCGCCUCGCCUCUGCAGCAGAUGUCAUUUGAAUCGUCCUUGGGCUUCCUCAGGACAGCGGUUAUAAGGGCGCAGACCGACGACCUCCGCUCACCCUCGUCAAGACUCAUGCUAGGCCAGCCUGUCAAAGUGGGCACGGCCUGUUUUAGCCUCCUCUACUCCCUUAACAUCUGAUUUGUUAUUUCUUUAAUACAUGUAAAUAUAUAUUUUUAAAAUUUUUAAACGCAUUUUUUGUUUUUUUAAUGUCACAAAGGGAAAUUUUUUUAAAGGAUAUGUAUUAAAAAAAUUGUAA